AGAUAGGCAGUAGCGCCAUUUUAGGCCCGAACGCACAUAUUGAGUUGUUACUCCGACGUGUUUGGUGCACUACAACAGUUUUUUUUUUCUUUUCCCCCUUUCCAAAGGGUGCAGUGUUUGAGAUUUUUUUUAAACUCCAGUUUAAGAAGGUGUGAUACUGUUGAGGGUUAUAAUUCCACACGUCACCGGACCAGUCAGGAGUCCCUCAUGGUCACCAGAAAAAGAGGAAGGCUUGCGAGUAAAGGUGUGGACGCCAUGUGCUCCGGUGCUUCUGAGGAAUGUGACCGUACCUUAAAGAUCGAUUCUGAAAGUGCAAUCAAGCACUCAUCACCAGAAAGUGAUUCAAAUGACUGGGGGCUCGACGAGCUCUUUUCUUCUGACUUCAGCUGGGAUUUGGAAGAUGUGCUCUCUCCUUUCCAAGACAUCGGCGUGCAAGAUGUAGGCUUAAGGCCAGAAGAAAAGACAGAUCAGGAAUCCAGUGUGAGCAUGUCGCACAGCAGAGGAUCGUCUCGGGCUCAGAAACUACAAGACCUUUCUGGGCGCAACAUCAAUAAGAAUGCCCUGGCUGCAAGAUUGAACCGGCUGAAAAAGAAAGAGUACCUGAAUGGCUUGGAGCAACGUGUCGGAUCUCUGACAUCUGAAAACCGGCUUCUCAAGCAGGAAAACGGCAGCUUGAACAAAAGAGUGGAAGAACUUGAAAAUGAGACUAGGUACUUGAGAGCUGUGUUGGCCAAUGAGAGCAUGUUGGCGCAGCUGUUGUCUAGGUUGAGUGGUGUGAACGGCAUGAAAUUCUCUACCUCGCUUUUCCAGGAGCCCAACGAAAACGACCACGAUUAUGCGAUGCCGAGGAAGAAAGCGAAGGUGGAGGACAAGGAUGCAGCAGGCGGCAUCUGUCUGCAUGUGGACAAAGACCACGUCUCUGUGGAGUUCUGCACUAAAUGUGCGGAGAGUGCAAACGCAUCACUUAAAAUUUUUCUUCUAGGUGCUUGGUCUGCCAUGUGGGGUGACUGGAUCUCAGAGCAUCCAUGACUACCAGAACCUAUGUGGAUUUGCUGUGGGGAAAGCUGAAGAAACGGGACCAGCAGCUUACAACAUGGCCUGGUAAAUUAAAAAAGGUAGUACAAGAAGCAGUGUAAGUUAAAGCUUUUACUGGUACUCAAUCAUGUUGCAUUUUGUUUAAUAUAAAAAAAAAAUGCACUAUUCUAGCAUCAGUGUAUCAGGAGUUAAAGCUCCUGGCCUUUUGUGCCUACCAGUAAACCAUAGCAGCAAACAGUAUGUGUUAAAGAAGCACUUCGCAAACAGAAAACAUGGAUGACUUGUUUUGGGAAGGUUAUUUUGUUUUUGUUAAGUGAAUUGUAUAUAAGUUGAUGUAUUUGAAAUCCAAAGAUUGUUUAGGAUUUUGAAUCGGUAUCUGCAAAUAAAUCUUAUUUUUGUCAACA